CACGCAUUGUUAGACAAGCUAACUCGUCAUACAUUGAUUUUUAAAAUAAAGAGACUAAUGUAGUUUAAGUCAGAGGAUCUGCAGCUGGAAUCAUCACAAAAGAGGUGAUCUAAAAAUGCAUCAGUGUCCCAUUUGCCCUAAAUCGUUCCCGGUACUUUCUAAACUCCAUAGACAUCAUGUCAUCCAUACUGGCCAAAAGCCAUUCGUCUGUACAGUUUGUGGAAAAGCCUUCACACAGUUAGUGCAUUUAAAAACGCACAUGGAGAAAAUUCACCAUUCAAGGCUCCUAAGGGACAGUUUUCAAGAUGGCACUUCAACUAAUAACAAGAGGGUUUCACAUUUAAACCAUGAUACACCAACUGCAGUGACGAACAUAAAUGGUAGUGGCAAUUGCACCAUAAUGCCAUCAGCAGUGUCUUCUUCAGUGGCCUCCCAGCCAGAAUGGAAAAGGAAAAUUACUCACAAAUGCCUUCCUCCCUCUGCUGACAAUGGAAAUCCACCACAAAAUAUGCCACAUGGCUCUGUGAUGAACAGUGACUUGGAUGUUAUGGAUACAAAACAUCAGGAGCAAGUUGAUUCUGUGUAUUCUGACACAUAUGUAUGCAACGCCGAAAGUGGAUACACCUGCAAGUUCUGCUUGAAGUCAUUCACUUCAUCUCUUCAGCUUUGGAUUCACUCUUCAGCUCAUAACAAACCAAAACAAUGUCAGAGAGGCAUAUCUGGGCAGACUCUUUCUAAAGAAGUACAUUCAAAGAUGUCACAAGAACUGAGCUCCAGUUUAAAACACCAUUGUCCUAAAUGUCCUAAAACCUUCUGUUCACCAUCCAAAUUACAACGACAUCUACUUAUUCAUACAGGGCUGAAACCCUACUCAUGUGUGUUCUGUAGAAAAGCCUUUAGACAGAAGGUACACUUGAAAACUCAUUUAAGCACAUCAAAUAAAUGUUCACUUUCUGCAAGCAAUGCAGGGAAAAAGCAGAGGCUUUGUAACGGCAGCCAGACUUCAGAUCGGCAGCUUCAGUCAUCAGUUCAGCGACCCACCAGCCACCAGUGUCCUGUGAAUUCAGCAGUGGAACUAGAGCUACAAUGUAGAAUAAAUGUAAAUGCUGUGCAGGCCUCGAGCAAGGCUGAAAUUAAGUUUGAUGCAGUUGAAGAACCAGAACAACCGUUAAAUACAAGCAGUCAGAGUAUUUACCAGAGUUCAGGUGAACAAAAGCAGCAAUACAUGAUCCAUAAAGACUUGAAACCAUUCCGAUGUAUGAUCUGCAACAGAUCUUUUAGAUUGGAAAUUAAUUUAAUACGUCAUCAUAAAAUUCACAGGAACCAAAAAGAAUUGACAGCCCCUGCUCAGGAUGUGAGAAAUAAUGUGAAAAUGUCUCAUUCUGAUGCAAUAAAACAUUCACCUGAAGCCAGUAAUGCAGACCCCACUGACUUAAACAUCAUCAUUAAACCAGAAACAUGGAGUGAAAAUCCCAGUGAUCUCAAAGAAUCGCCUCCUCAGGAUGCUGAGUUAAUUACAUCAACAGAACAGCAGAGUGAAACAUGUCAAGCCAGCAGCAAAAAUCAGAGAACAAACACUUCACAUCAGUGUCAUGCAUGUUCAAAAUGUUUUCCAUCUUCAUCAAAACUUCAAAGACACAUGAUGACUCAUACUGGACAAAGGCCCUUUGGCUGUGAGAUGUGUGGCAAGAGAUUUCGUCAGAAAACACACUUGAGGGUACAUUGUCGCACUCACCUUUGGUCCAGAUAUCACAAACAGCGAUCACUGUAUAUCAACAGACCGCCUUCUCGCAUAGGUGGGUUUAACACAAGGACUGCAGGAGAUAUCCCAAUCCAGGAAAUGUUCACACAUAAAAGGGACUAUGAGACACACAAUGGUAGUGAUCUAAUCUCUACAAAACAGCUGGAUCAGACCCCUUCUAUGGAGAUUGUUCAGAGUCAUGUCAACAGAGAACAGGAGGAAAAAGUGUUGCUGCAUGCUUCAAAGAAAAAUGAGGUUGUGUACCCGAGUAAGGUUCUUCCUUCUGCUAACAAUGGACAUCCACCCAAAAGUAUGCCACAUGUAAGUGAUACCUACGUGAUGAACAGUGUCUCAGAUUUUAUGGAUACAAAACAUCAGGAGCAAGUUUAUUCUGCAAAUACUGCCACAUCUGUAUGCAACAAUUACAGUGGAUACAACUGUAAAGUCUGCUUGAAGUCAUUCACUUCAUCUCUUCAGCUUUGGAUUCACUCAUCAACUCAUACCAAACCAAAACAAAGACAGAGAGGCAUAUCUGGGCAGACUCUUUCUAAAAAGGCACAUUCAAAGAUGUCACAAGAACUGAGCUCCAGUGGGGGCAAAAUUACUUUCAAACACCAUUGUCCUAAAUGUCCCAAAACAUUCUGUUCACCAUCCAAAUUACAACGACAUCUACUUAUUCAUACAGGGCUGAAACCAUACUCAUGUGUGUUCUGUAGGAAAGCCUUUAGACAGAAGGUACACUUGAAAACUCAUUUAAGCACAUCAAAUAAAUGUUCACUUUCUGGAAGCAAUGCAGGGAAAAAGCAGAGGCUUUGUAACGGCAGUCAGACUUCAGAUCGGCAGCUUCAGUCAUCAGUUCAGCGACCCACCAGCCACCAGUGUCCUGUGAAUUCAGCAGUGGAACUAGAGCUACAAUGUAGAAUGAAUGUAAAUGGUGUGCAGGCCCCGAGCAAGGCUGAAAUCAAGUACGAUGCAGUUGAAGAACCUGAACAACCAUUAAAUACAAGCAGUCAGAGUAUAUACAAGAGUUCAGGUGAACAAAAGCAGCAAUACAUGAUCCAUAAAGACUUGAAACCAUUCCGAUGUAUGAUCUGCAACAGAUCUUUUAGGUUGGAAAUUAAUUUAAUACGUCAUCAUAAAAUUCACAGGAACCAAAAAGAAUUGGCAGCCCCUGCUCAGAAUUUGAGGAAUAUUGUAAAAAUGUCUCAUUCUGAUGCAAUAAAACAUUCACCUGAAGCCAGUAAUGCAGACCCCACUGACUUAAACAUCAUCAUUAAACCGGAAACAUGGAGUGAAAAUCUCAGUGAUCUCAAUGAAUCUCCUCCUCAGGAUGCUGAGUUAAUUACAUCAACAGAACAACAGAGUGAAACAUGUCAAGCCAGCAGCAAAAAGCGAAGAACAAACACUUCACAUCAGUGUCAUGCAUGUUCAAAAUGUUUUCCAUCUUCAUCAAAACUUCAAAGACACAUGAUGACUCAUACUGGACAAAGGCCCUUUGGCUGUGAGAUGUGUGGCAAGAGAUUUCGUCAGAAAACACACUUGAGGGUACAUUGUCGCACUCACCUGUGGUCCAGAUAUCACAAACAGCGAUCACUAUAUAUCAACAGACCGCCUUCUCGCAUAGGUGGGUUUAACACAAGGACUGCGGGAGAUAUCCCAAUCCAGGAAAUGUUCACACAUUUAAGGGACUUUGAGACACACAAUGGCAGUGUUCUAAUCUCUACAAAACAGCUGGAUCAGACCCCUUCUAUGGCACUUGUUCAGAGUCAUGUCAACAGAGAACAGGAGGACAAAGUGUUGCUGCAUACUUCAAAGAAAAAUGAGGUGUACCUGAGUAAGGUUCCUAAGGUGAAAGGUGUGAAAAAGACACAGACUGCUAAAUCAAAGCAAAAUACAGGCAAUGUACAACACAAGUGUUUCCAGUGUUUCAAGUGCUUUCCAACUGUCUCUAAAUUACAAAGGCAUGAGAUGGUACACACAGGCUUGAAACCAUUUCAAUGUCAUACGUGUGGGAAAUCAUUCAGGCAAGCUUCACAUCUGAAAACCCAUCAAGUAUCGCACUAUAAGAGUAAAGCAUCCAAGCCAGUCAAUCAGCAGGGGGAUAGCAGAAAAUGUAAAGCAAACAGUCAACAAGAGCUUUACCCAAAGUUCAGUGUUUGUAUUCCACCACAGAAAAAAACUGUGACCAUAAAUACUGCACAUUCAGUUAUUGAUGGUGCUGUAAGUAAUGUAGAAAGUGAACUCACCUUCACCAUGCAGGAAAUAUCCAUCACAAAAGGGAACAGAAUCAUUAAGAAAAUAACUAAAAGUAAUGUAUGUUGUAAAAAAAAGAAACUUCACAUCUGCAGAAUAUGCUUAAAGAACUUUGCUUCUCCGUACAAGCUCUCAAGGCACUUGGAUGAAGACACUACAAGUUUACAGGGCAAAAAAGAUCCUCAGGAACAUAACUAUAAUACUAGUGUUCAACCUAAAUCAUCUUCCACUCAAAAGCAUCGUUGUGAAAUUUGCUUCAAGUAUUUUGUGUCUCCCUCUAAACUUAAAAGGCAUUAUCUUGUCCACACAGGUCAGAGGCCAUUCAGAUGUGACAUUUGUGGCAAAUCUUUCACACAGUCAUCACAUGUGAGAACACACAGACUCACUCACUGAUACUGAAAUUAUGUUGUGUAAUAUUUGUAUAUUUUGGUAUAAAAUCCCUGAUGUUAUGAUCAUGAUGU